AUGACAUUCCUUCAGCUGCAGCUGCCGAUGCCGACGGACGCUUCCGAUUACUAUCGUGUGACUGGUCAAACGGUAACCUAUAACGGUUACAACGCGCAGUGUGGGUAUCAAAUGAAGUGUUACAGUGACAACAGCUGCCCGGCGUUGCAAGAACUUCCGGCACUGGAACAGGAGGCCUUGGCACAAGCAACGGCCGAGUUACUACGUAAUGAAGCAGCCUCCCAUGAUCCAAACUUCAUAAUCAAGGAACCAGAGUUCGAUACGGAUUUCUUCCAAACGAAAGAAACGCUACCAUCGGAGGUACUGGGUGUACGACGGACGCUUACAACGCAGAAGGUUCUGAAGAAGUUGGCACAGAAAUACAACUGUUGUCAGUUGAAGAACCUUCUGGAUGGCAAAUGCUACUCGAACUUGACUCUGUCUUGCUGCAAAGGAGACGCGACGCUUACCUGUGAUCCGUACUAUCCCUACCGAAGCUACGAUGGCAGCUGUAAUAAUCUGCAAAACCCGACAUGGGGUAAACGUGGAAGACCUCUAAAGCAUCCUUUUGCUCCGUGUUAUUGUGAUCUUGUGUCAAAACCCGCCGUCAGUCAAUCCGGUACGCCGCUUCCGCAAAACCGAAAGCUCAUCUCUGACCUAUCAGAGAACCUUCGAUUGUAUGGACCCAACAUCACUGCCGAAAUGAGCAUGAUGACGGUGUUUUUCAGCGAGUUCGGCAGCUCCGACAUAAUCGGUCGGGCGACGAGGCGUACGCAGAAACCCACUAGCGGGUUCCGUGGGUGUAAUCCGGAUGGUCAUGGUCGUAGUCCCUACAUGUCGACGCUCUCCAAUCCAUUGCUUGUCCUGCCAAAUGAUCGUUAUUUCGCGAGUCUGGGAGUCACUUGUUUGAACUUCAGCCCUCAGGAAAAGGCGAACGAUCAGUGCGAGCUGAAGCACGUCGGAGAGCGCAACCAAGAGAGCAGUUAUCUCGAUCUGUCCAGUAUGUACGGUGCAGUUCCCGAUUAUGAUGUGUAUGGCAAGCUAAAGCUGCAACAGUGUGGCGCCACUAACCCGAUCGUAACGACGCAUCCUUUCACGGUGCAGUUUUUCACGGUCGCCGGGUUGUUUGCUAAAUUCCACAACUACUGUGUUGAUCGGGCAAGGACGUGCAUACCAGAUACGGUCACGGUGCAGGAACGCUGCCGAGCCCUUAACGUGGGCUUAUAUCAGAAGAUCAUAUUCGAACAGCUGCUGCCUCUGCUGUUCGGCGACACGCUGUACAACCUGUGUGGUCUCAACUGUCAGUACGAUCCAAAGACGGAAUCGGUAGUCUCUCAGGUGUACAAGAACGGCCCCGGGCGUUUCCAGCACGUGUGGAUCCCAGACCAGAUGAAGUACAAACCGCAGGGAAAUACGCAGUGGCUACCAUUCAACGUGUUCUUCCAUGACCAAGAGAGGUUCGACUGCUCGGGUGUUAUUGGGGGAAUGCUGGAAACACCCAUCCAGAUAGGUCGACUGGUUGACGCGAUUGUAAAUAAGUUUUACUCCGAAGACGGCGUCCGUGGAACCUGCCUACCGUGUCUCGAUCUAGCUCGUAAUCGAGACUCGGGUCUGUGUCCGUUGGUUACCUACAAACACUUUGUGGAGCAGCUCAUCGGAGAACCAAGCAAAUGCUACAGACAGUUCGAGGAGUUGAGCGAUAUGUUCCGGCCAGCGAUGCUACAAUUUUUGGCCAGUAAAUUCGAGUCCCCGGCGGACGUGGAUGUGCUGUUUGGUAACUUCGAAAAGAGGUUCUACCCCGGCGCAAAGCUGCCUAUGCUGGUGUCCCAAUCCACAUGCCUUCAGUUCAAGCGACUUAAAUGUACGGAUCGGUUCUUCUACAGCUGGAAUCCGUAUCUCGGAGAAGGUUCCCGACAUCUCAUCAAGGCGAUGGAUCUUACUGGACUGCUGGCUCUAUUCACCGACCUGGUCGAAAUACCAAAAAACCCGUUCCUUGUUAACAGCCCCAAGUUUAUGUCGAGCGACGUUCGCACUUACUUGAAGUCGUUGGAUUAUCUGUUCUGUCACCUGUAG